AGCCAAAACAUAGGGACCGGCCGAAGUGUAUGCAGCCGCGCGCUCUUGCUUGUCAAAAGUGUAUAACCGUUUAUGUACGCUUGAACUGAAUUUUACGUUAGAGCAAAAUCAGCAGUGAAGUAGUGCACAGUGAAUUCGGAUUUCUAUCAUCGUGAUGCUGAAACGGUGAAUCGUCGAUAUAUUUUCUGCCCUGAAUAUUAUCCAGCAUUGCUAUCAAACAUGUAGCAAGAGGUCAGGUGUUAAUCGUUGUCCUUGAAGAACUGUGGUCACUUUGAAUUCUUCGACUGUAUUUCACCAGCAUUCUUCACAACAUUUUCUCCUGUUUCAUCCUUAGAAAGAUCUGGAAAAAUCGAGCGCACAACGAGAAAGGUUCUUGUUUUAUGUUCUGUCAAUUUGAUUAUCUGCCGCAUUUAACAGCAUCCAGCUGCUCAGCAUAGAAGUAUGUAAUAGGAGAACUAUAUGGCUACUGAAUAAGUAGUUCUGAUGGGAAAGAUAACGGAUAUUCUCCGUUACUCUUUGUAGAAGAGAGCGAGAGAAUACUAUGCCGGGAAGCACAAGCAUUUUCGGAUCUACUGCAGAGGACAAGGAGAUUGUCAAGAAUCCGGAGCCCACCCUCAUGUCGGGCAAACAGCCACCCCCAGUUGCGCCAAGAACCACCAGUGUUCAAAUUCAGUCGUGGCAAUCGGCAAAUAGUGGCGGCGAGAACUGGCAUGCUCGUUCCGGUUCCAUGGAUAGUUUGGAAAGUAGUGGAAGCAGCAGUUCCGGUGGUGGAAGUAGCUCUGCUAAUCCACACUCCACCGCAGUUGAAUACAUCCCAACCAGGACUGUGGGGAAAAUAGCGAAAUUACCUCCUCAUAAUCCACUACAAUUCGUGAAGGUGCAAUCGCCUUUGUAUAAAAAGGCCGAACAGCAAAUAAAAUUAACUAAAGAAGUGAAAAUAACAAGGGAAGCCUUGAAAGAAGGAGAAGAAGAAUGGCAGUCGAAUCUAGAUAACUGGAAGUCACGUAGGAGAAAAGUGUCCGAAAAGGUCAUUCAGAGAGCUGAGGAAAUGAGACAGAUUGAAGCCGAAGAGCAACUAAGACAGGAUCAGUACUUACAACAACAAAGAAAAAUAAAGAAAUUUUCCGAAAUAGUAGAAAAAAGGUCUUCAACAAGAACAUACAAUUUAGAUUUGUAUAUUGGCCAAGGAAAUGACAGUGGCUUAGGUGGAACUCCUGAACCAGAUGAUACUCUUGAUUGCCAAAGCUCUAUUUUGCGUUCAGACACAAGUGAAGGAAUGACAUCUGAAGCUGAAAGUGUUGAUAGUGAUAUACAUAAAUCUGACAAAGUUCAUGAAAAGGAGCCUCCCAAAGUGCCUCAGAAACCACAGAUGCGGCUCUUGAAAGAAAAAUUAUCUGACGAAUUUAAUAAUUCAUUAACUUCUGCAAAUCACUUCACUACUCAUCAUUCAGCAAGAGAUUUUGAUAAUUUUUCUUCUGCUGAACCUUCUGAUAUUGAAGGACACACUGGAGAUAGUGAAACUGUUUCCUCUGAAGAAGAUAUUUCAUACAUAGCAGAGGGUCAUAAAUCAGAAUUAAGUAGCAACAAUACUUGUGAUCAAAGGCAAGAAAAUUACAGUUCUGUCAGAAAUGGUAAUUUAAAUGGGAAUAUCAGUUUAAACAAAAAUGAAGAAAUUGAAGAAACCAAGAAAACUUUGGAAGAUAAAGUUAAUGGCCAGCCUUCUGACAGGCAGACAUAUUCUUUCAAUAUAUCUAUCAAACCUGGAGACAAUAGAGGAUUUGGAUUCACUCUGAAAGGUGGAAAAGAUCAAGGUUGCACAGCUUAUAUCGAUAGUGUGACUAAAUAUAGCCCAGCAGAAGUUGCGGGUUUAAAGGAAGGUGAUAAAAUAAUUUCUUUAAAUGGAGAACUUGCAUCUGAUUAUAGUCAUGCAUCUCUGAUUUUUUCUAUCAAACAAGCAGUUUAUGCUGGAAUUCUGGACAUAAUAAUUUCUCGCUCAGAAAAAGAUGCUCCUUUGUCUUCUGAAAUAAAAAAGACAACUAGCAGAAAAUCAUCAUUUGCUGAAAAGCUUGCUUUAUUUAGUUCUGGUGUUAAUUCAGCAACACCAAAUUUAGAUGAAAGCAAAGCAUCUCUAACAUCUUCAAAGUCAUGUGAAGGCAAGUGUGAGUCACUCGUUUUGAGAAGAAGAUCAGCAUUUGAAAAUGGAAGAAAAGAAAGUAAUAUUGUCCAUCGCAGAUCAUCUUGUUUGUCUCAGGGAAUUUCGAAAGUUAAUUCUGAUAAUUUAGAAAAACGAUUGUCAGUUGAUUUAUCACAAUGUAGUUUACCAGAGAAUGGAAGUGUUAAGAAAGGACCUCCUCCUCCAGUGCCAGUAAAGCCGAAAUUGAAACCAAAGAUACAUCAUGACUUACAUAAAACAGAAUUUACAAAGACAAACGGUUGUAAUGAUUUAGAAUAUUUGAACUCUAAUGGCUCUAUUCAGAAAUCUGACACUAUUUCUUCUGAUAUUACCAAUCAUGGAAACCUUCCAAAUGAUGAGUGUCUUUCUAAUAAAAGUGAUGAGGAAAUUCAAUCAGAAAACUCAAGUCUCGAAAAUAAUGAUAAUGAAAGUAAUAACGAACCUUCAAAUAUUAUCAUAAACGAAGAAAAUGAAAAUUCACGAUCUGCUUCCUACAUCGAAAAUGACACAUCUGAAGAUUUUCAAAGACAUAAAUAUGAAGUAUUAAGUGACAGUCAAAAAUUUGCUGUAAACGUGGACGUACCUACAUUAAAUUUUAAGUCAAUUGAUAUUAGCGAUACCAAUUUAACUGAAAAUUCUCUUCCCGAAUAUGUGGAUGCUUUUAUUCCACCAGAAUUCAGGAAUGAGGAACUGGAUAAUGAGAAUGAAACUGAAGAAAUUUUAUCUUCCGCUGAAAAAGCAAUAGAAUCGGAAUCUUUCACAUCUAUCAGCUUCAUUUCAGCACCAAUUCUCUCUGAUUCUUGUAGAGCCGAAUUGGAUUCUCCUGAGAAGUCAAUCAAACUUGAUUUCGAGUUUGAUGUAAUUAAAAAUGAAGAGUGUUUUGACGAACAGAAUAGUCCCUUAGAUAACAACUUUUUGCAGACUGACAUGUGCUACCUUUCUGAAGAACAAGAACAGUGUGAUUUAGAAGACAAUAAUGCUGCCUUAGAUCUUGCAAUAAAUAUGAAUAAUAUUAGCCUAGAAAAUAAUAGUGAAGGAGUGGAGAACGUAGUUGCUAAUACUGAAGAUUAUUCGUUGGAUGAAGCAGGUUCAUCACCUGUUGAAAACACAGAAGAUGUUGAUAAUCAAAUAAAUACUUCACCAUUGUGCUUACCAUUAGAAAAAGUUGAUGAAGAUGAUGUGAUAUCAGCUAGCACAACAACAUCAUCAGAGACUCCAGACACCGAAACUGUUAUUGAAACUUUACCAUCGAAUUUAUCCCCUCUUCCAAAUGAUGAGUCAAAUGGUGAAGAUUCAUCUAAACUGUUAAACGGUGAAGAUAAAGAAACGGAAUACCUUUCUGAAGCUCCUGUUCCUGAAGCGCCUUCAUAUGAUCCUACUGAGCCGAGUUGCUUAGAAAAUUCAGAAUUUGCAGACAAUUUCGAUAAUAAUGUUCCUAUACAAGAAGAUUUUACUCCUAACAAUUCCGAAAUCUAUGAAAGUAAUGAAUGUGGGUAUCCUAUUAUUCAAGAUGAUGAAUAUUGUAGAGAAUUAGACGAAAGUAUUGAUAAGAUAACAUCUUUGGAUGUGAUUGAUGAAAUUGAACAACAAUUAAUGCAUCAACUAGAGCAACAGGGUGAAACAUAUGAGGAGAUGGAUGAAGAUUUAACAGCCCAGUUAGAGCAAGAUAUAAAUAAGCAAUGGCUUUAUAUCACAGAUGAAGCUGAAUUGCUUGAUGAUUUAACUCCUCGAAAUCUUGAGCCUCCAAGAGAGCCACCACCACCUCCGCCUCCUCCAGAGGCUGAUACUUCAGAUAAAAAGCUGUUUACUCGAACUAAUUCAACCAAAAGAAUAAAAAAAGAACUGUGGCGUCGUAGAUCUGAUUUCUUAGGCCUUGAUUCCCCUGAAGGAAUAGAUGUUGAUAAAAUUUUACCGCCUCCACCUGCAUUAGAGGAAAUUUUAAAGCAAGAGCGAGAACAAACACAGUGGUUAGAAAAGAGAUUAUCUUUAGCAGAGACUGACAUUUCUGCACCUUUGUAUAUUAAUGAUUCUGUAGGCAUGGAAUCUCAAGAUUUUGUGCAAAAUGAGUAUAGUUCUGAUUACUAUGUCGAAGACAAUGAUGGUGUUUCAGCAGUUUCUGGUGAUUCUAAUAAUGAACAAUGGAAAGAACAUGGAGAUCAAUCUUUUGAACCUACGGAAUUACACUAUAAUCCACCAGACAUGGCAAUUCCUCCUUCAGAAGAAAACCAGAAAACUAAUGAAAGUCCUCAGCACAAAGCAAAACAGAACCUCUACGACCUUGGGGCUGCACCAAAAGCAAAAAUUAUGGAUAGUAAUAAAUGGAUUACGGAAAAGGUUACACCUCUUAGCAAAAAGUCAAUUGAGCCUGUUUUUCGCCAAACCACUUACAACCAAAAUUAUUGGCUGACACAAGAUGACGAGAGAAAACGAAGCAUUCAAACUGGCGAACAUUUGAUUGAUAGAAGGUACUCUAUGCCACCAUGCCAAACUUCUCAUCCUGAUGUUACAGUUCGUACAUGGGGAGACAGAGAGUAUGAAUUUCAAAAACAAAGACCUAGAUCAGCUGUAUGGAAUACAACAGCUGCUAGUGGAGACAUGUAUGACACAUAUUCUCGUAAGCAAGACCUUAUGCGCACACAUAGCUAUGAUGGUCAUGGAGAAGUUAAUUUUGAUUCCGAUAUUCUUGAGUCAGAGGCUCAUAAAUGUUCCUCUUGUGGAAAAGGUCUAUGUGAAGGCUCUGCUAUGGGUAUUGAAGCGUUACAUUUGUAUUUUCAUAUACAAUGUUUUCGAUGCUGUGUAUGUCUAAUGCAGUUAGGCAAUGGAACUUGCGGCACAGAUGUACAAGUGAAAAAUAAUCAACUAUAUUGCCCUAAUUGUUUCACAGCUGAUUAGGCUUGCUGAUGUGUUUUCUGCUCUACACAAAUUUUCCAAAAUCAUGUAUAAAUUAUCUACAUCUUCCAUUGUACAGAUCAGAAUAAUUUAUAGUAUAAUAUAUUUGUUUAUUCUGAAUUGAAUUUGCAAACACUGAACUUUAUUUCCUUCAAACGAUUUAUGAGACUAAAAUAUAUCAUUGUUAUGAAACGAUUUAGUCUGUUGCUCAGAGUGCAGUUUAAUCUAUACUGUUUCUUUGUUGGUCUGAUAUACGAAAUUAAGUAUUAAUGGUAUAUUUUUAUGCCAUGUAGAUGUAUGCCAGCAAUUAUUCUGCACCAUAAGAAUUUCAGAUAAAGAAAAAAAAGAUGUAGUUGUAUUUGUAAAUGUGUACAAACAACUUAACGGUUUCAAUGUUUCCUUUCAACACUUAGGUAUAUUAAGAACUAAAUCAAAGUACAUAUUUGAAAGGUUUGUUUACCUUCGAAAGUUGUGUGACAGCUGAUGUUCAAAGAUGAAUGCUCACUUAUAUACAAAGUUAUAUUGUAUUGUUGUAUUCAGUGCACUUUGCAAUAUACUGAACAGGUUGUUAACAGUUUUUAGCCUUGAUGUAUUACUAUAAUUAUAAUUGCAUUCUGCAUGUUGAUUUCCCCUAUCUCUAUAACUAGUCGGUUUUAUAUCACUGCAUUUUCUUUGAAUAUGUUCUAAUAUAUUCACUAUUUCUGAAUUGUGAGACAUAUGAUAUACUUCAUAAGCACUUUGCUCUGAAAUUUAUUUUCUAAAUAAACAAUUAUUGUGCCAUAUACAAUUAUUGUAUUCAAAUAUCGUUGUAUACACAUUAAAUCCUUUACAUAUUAUUUUUAAUUCAUAUGUUGGGUUUGAUGAUUGAGGUAGAGAGAGAUUAAUAAUCUAUUUGGUUCUCAUCGUAAAUACUCAAUCAGAACAUCAAGUUAAACUUAAAUUAUAAAAAUUCUAAUCUUUUAAUGUGUUAAGUAAUAAAAUACUUUUAAUGUCACUUGUAGAAUUGUCUUAGUGGACAAAACAUUUUGCUUCCCUCUCAUUUUUGUCUGUAAGGUGAAUUACAAUGAGAGCGCUUUUAUACAAAUUGUGUGUAUAGUUGUAAAUAUAUGUGUUAAUUGAUAUCGUAGACUUAAUGCAGUGAUAGUUUGUAUAGCUUUGGUAAAAAAUAGCAAUAUACCUGUUAAAGGAAAGGUUUUUUAUAUAUUUUAAAUUUUUUUGCCAUUUAAUUUUGAUUAUCACAUUUAAAUUAAACAAUCUAUCUACUCUUUUGCAUAUGUUGCAUUUCUUUUUGCCAAAGAAACAUUUUUAUAGAUCUCGCCGGACAGCUAGGUAAAAAUUUAAUGGAGUUAACAUUUAGCUGAUCUGGUUGACAAAAUUUUAAAUAUUCUGCGAUAAGAAAAUUUUCUUUUAAAAAUGUUUGAAUAUUAAAGGUAAUAAUAGUAUUUUAUCGAAAAAAAAAUCCAUUUCUUAUUUCAUAUUUAAACCGUUCAGUCUACUCUUUAUGCUGUAAGUCACUGUCAUCUAAAUUUUUGAAUUCUAUAUAAUCUGACAAAAAUUUUAUACUGUUUUAGCUAUUUUUUCAGAAAUAGAAUCAUAUGCAUAAAAUAAACGUUGUAUCAAUUACUUCCGAUAACAUUAUUUUAUAAAGUAAUUUUCUCAUGAUUUUUUAAAUACAACUUCGAGUAAAAUAUUUGCAUUUUCUUAUAAUAAUUGGUAACAUUUGAUAUGAACAAUAUUCAAUACAGUAUCUACUUUUCGAUGGUCUGUCAGGAUUAUAGUGACAAGAAUCUGUAACAGUAAUUUCAUUUAUUUAAGUGAAUACUCAGAAAAAAUGCUCUUUUACCAAUUCUAAAUAAUUGCAAUUUUAUGUAUGUGGAGUUACUGAGCUUAUGCACAAUCCUGACAGUUUUGUAAAUUAUAUUGGUUUCUAUUUCUUAAGUGUAUCAUAAUAUGUCUGUCUUUAAUAUUCUUACUUAAACAUGUAUUAAAGUUCACAUUGCAAUACUUUCUUCAUUCAUUCUUUUUGUGCUUUAGUUGCAUUAUUUCUCUUCUUUGAAUAAAACAUACAAGGGAAUGUAUUUCAUCUGAAGACCUUAACAAUUAUUCAAAUAAUUUUUUAUGUAUUGUACUAUAAUAUUUUUUGAGGUCCAAAAUUUUAAAAUGAAUGUUUUUAAAAUUGUGUAAUAUGACCUUCAUUCCAUUUUGUAUUUGCUAGCAUGUUUGAAAUGUACAGCAAAGAUUGUGGAUAAAAAGUAUACAACGUUUUGUUACGACAUUUAUUAUGUACUUCGAACCUACUCUUUUGAGUUCCAGAUUUUUUUGAUAUUGUUUUGAACUUUUGAUGAUAAAUUUACUAUUUGAGUCAACAAUGUUUUUAUGACUGGAUAUUCAUUGUAUAAAUUCAGAAAUAAAGAAUUUCUUACAUAAA